AUGCAAGCUCCAUCCCAGGCCGUCUCUCAGUCUCCAAGUGCAGCGACACCUGUUCGAUCUGCAAUCCUCGCGCCUCCAAACCUCGCUCCUGAUGAUACCGACUGGAUUUCAAAUGCCAGUCUAACUUUCAAGGUGCUUGCAGGUGCAGGUGAACUGGAUCGCACAGGCAUUGCAAAGGCAAUUGCGAAUAUUGCCCUCCCGAUCCUGGAGCUGGCUCAGAAUAAUAAGAAAGCACAUGAUGAUCUAAAGGAUACUAUCAAGUAUCUCGAUGAAACACUUAGCUAUGUCUCUGAGGAGAUCAAGCUCCUUCAGGAUGGUCAAUCUUUGACUGGCAACCAAGCAGCCUCCACCCAUCCGCUAGCACGUCUACAGCAAAUGGGUGAUGAAUUCAUCUCGUUCGUCAUUUUGUUUGAUCUUGAUGAUCUGAACAAGAUCUAUGGAAAGAGAGGGUUCUUGGCAAAGAUCAAGAAACCAUUUCAGAGCAAGGCCAUUUUAGAUCGUAUUAACCAGCAUAAAGAGUAUGUCAAGGAAGCUCGAGAUAAGCUUGUUGGGAGUGCUUUACAUUAA